AUGCGAGGUGUUACGAUAACAAUUAUAACAAUUUUGGUGGCAAUGACCCAUGGCUAUAAUUAUGACAGAUAUAGUUCAACAACAGCGGCCGAUGAUCAAAGUGAUGAUAUUCAGCGUAUAUCUGAAAUUCUGCAUCCAUCAGCAUCAUCGCAUAAUUCUCAAGUACAAAAAGAUAUUUUUACAUUUUCACCACCAGAAUUGGAUGUAGACGAUGAUAAUGUGAAUGUUGAAAACACCAAGACAUCGUCGAAAAAACGUUUUAGAAUCAUUUUUAUACGUUCUCCAGAUCAAUCACGUGAAUUUGCACAAAAUCUAGCACAUUUGGUACAAAAUAAUAUCUCAGAAGAGAAGACAAUUAUUUAUGUGUUGAGAAAACAACCAGAUCUUAGUGAAUUGACCCAACAGCUGGAAGAGAUUAAGCAUGAAAAUCGCCAAAAGCCGGAGGUGAAAUUUAUUAAAUAUCGUAAUGCCGCGGAAGCUGAGCAUGCUGUGAAAUCUAUUCAAACGAGUUAUGAACAAUUGGGUGGGCGAACACAGCACCAUGGUGCUGUUGUUGCACCAGUUGUACGGGUUUCUUCACAACCCUAUAUCAAGUAA